AUGGAGCCCGUCAUCGGUCCUCCACGCCGGUAUGCAUUCAACCUCGCUCUGAUUGGCGUCGAAGCACCAGUUCUCCAGGACCAUACACUACUUCGCGUGCAGAACUGGAGCUCGAGCGCAGCAACUGCGGACGGACGUGUUGAAACAGCAGCAGAAGCCUCAUCAGAAGAGAAGACGGUGGCGGACAACGACCAAAAAGAUCUAGGUCUUUGGGUCGGCGUUCGACCAGCCAGGGCCGAUGUGCUGCGCCAACAAGCUGCCGAGCCUGUCGGUAACUACACCGAGACGCAGGUGGCUCUGGCUAAACUCAAGACCAUCACGAUCAAAAAGGCUUCAUCAGUAGAUUCAGUCAUGCGCCUCAACAGUGUUCUGAUCUGGUCAUUGCAGGACGGCAUGACACAGGUGGUAGUCCGGUACAACUCUAUGCACGCAGAUCGCCUGCUAGUCUACGAGCUGAUCAAUCGCGACCCGUUAACCAAUCUAUGUGAGGCACACCCCAUCAAAUCUUUGGACUGUUUCUUCUUCCGUCGGUACCGAGACGACAGCUUGUCUACAUGGGUCGAUCGGCAGAAGGACUGGACUCAGCUGACCAAGGAACACCUCGCAGAACAUUUCAACACGUCUCUCAAGAAUGGAGGCUUCCGCCCUGCAAGGUCACAUGCGCGUGUUGAGUUCCCGCCCGAGAUCAGCCAGUGCCUACUGGACGAGAUGGAGCGCGCCAUCUUGGGAUCGGAGGACGACUUCAAAGAUGCAAAGAUCCCUCAGCUUAUCGCCAUCUAUCAUCUUAUGAAUCUAGAUCACAGGUUCGAGGAUUCCGACGCCAAAGAGGCUCACCGCUGGCUCAUGGAUAUAUUCCCUAACCUGACGAAGACUGGCGCUCUGACACCCGACAAAGUCUCCAAGUACGCCGCAUACCUCCGCAAUACCGAUACCCGCGUUACCUACGGCGACAUCCGCACAGGCUUGGGGGCGUACCUCUAUCUAAUCGACGACGAGAUGUAUGCUACAGCUACCAACUCUGCGAUCGCCAAAGAAAUUGCGCGAAUGCGCCUCUACUUCCACGAGGAGCUUCAGGGACCACCUCGAAAGUGCAACAAGGUGGAUAUCAACUUAGAGCACUGGCUCAGCGACCACGUGAAAAUGAUGCAAUGUAUCGUGGACGCGCACGUCGACUCUCUUGUAGGUAUCGUCGACUACCACGGCACAGAAGCAUGCCCCGACAACCUACAUGACCUCUGGGAAAACGUCGGAAACUCGCCUGAUACCGACAGUGCCAAGUUCUUCGCCAAGGAGAUAGUCGCAAAGUGCGACGUCACGACCAAGAACCUCGAGGAACACAUCAAGAUGUGCAAGCAAGCGCUCAAGGACCUUGCUAACGUGAGCGACGAACCUGAUAAGGAGGACGAAAGAGAUGAGGAGAUGGGCUGA